CCAGUGUGUGUCUGAGGGUGUAGACUCACGCAUGAAGUUGUAUUAUUACAUUCUCCAUCACCUGCCACAGUCAGCUGCGAGUGUCAAUCAGGCUCAGACCAACAUGGACCAUUCGGACACGACACUUUAAAGUGAUUGGCUGAGCGCUGGUUCGAGGGCGGGCUCAGUGUCCCUUUCCCAGAUUCUGAUUGGACGAGAGGCGCGUUGGUUGACGUGACGCAGCCUGGAAUUCCCAAAGUUCCCAAGUUCACUGGAAGAGUACAUCGCUGUGCAUGCCGAUUUCAACCAGAUUUAAGAAGAAAUAAAACCAACAAUAUCUGAAGUAAACGAGAAUAAAGCUGAUCCCUCCCGUGCUGUGCCGCGUUGAGCCUGCAGAGGGCGAUGUCUGACCACAGCAACAGCACUGGCAGCACUGGCUCCUCCACUAACAGCUGGACCCUCCUCUCCCCCGAGGAAGCAGCUGUGGAGAGUGUGGGGCCGGUGGAUGACGGCACUGAAAGUUUGGGAGAUGUGCCCAGUCUGUCGGAGGAGCUGGCAGGAGCCACUGCAGAGUUCAAACACAUUGACAUUCCAAUAGAGACGGUCCUGUCUGAGGAGGGUCACCAGAUCUGUCAAGAGACCACUCCAGAACCAAGCGAGGGUCCCAUCCCGUCAAGUCCAUCCCGGGUCAGCCCGCUCCCAUCUCACUCCUUCAGUCCCCUAGAGGAAGACCCAGAGAGCCAGCCUCCUGUGAUCCAUGACAUCGUAACCAGUUCUCCCAGUGACAAUGACAACCUGGGCACCGUCCCAUUUGUCACUAAUUUGGAUUUGGGGACCCCUCUGGAGAUCCCCACCUCUGAUCUGCUUCAGGACGAAGAAGAAGUGUGCUGUGCCACUGACAACCCGCUCUCUGCUGUACCAGUGUUUGACAAACCUGCUGACAUUGGUCCAAUUAGUGAGACACCAGCGGAGGAGAGUCCAAGUCCUCAAGAGGAAGAUGAAUCAAAACCAGAUGUCCCUUUAGAGACCCUUACGGCGGUUGAAGGCACUGAACCCUCACUGCCUGUCCCACACGAUGACAGGCAGACAGAGGAGGAGAGCAAAGAGGAGCCCAGCACAGAGCCAGAGGUGAACGAGGAGCCAUUUUGUCCCCCGGACCUGCCUGAAACUCCUGCUGGUGUGGAGGUUGAAGACAUUGAAGGUCCAGUACCUGUCGAAGAAACAGGCGACUCAAAUGUACAAAAAGAGGAGACAGAGGAGCCCCCAGAGACACUAACCCAGGAUGAGGAGGUGGAAAAUGAACCAGAGCCAUCUUACACUUUUGAGUCUGGAGACACACGUGGCUUCGAUGAUGGACUGAGGAGGAGGAAUUUACCCAGGACGUCUGAUGAAGAGGAGGAUGAGGAGGAUGAAGAAGUGGAGUUUAAAAUAGAAGAGAAGAAAGACACCAAGCCAUGGCUGUCUGUGAAUAAGUGCAUCGUGGCUGGUCUAGUCCUACUGUUCCUGGGAUCCCUGUUCCUCUCAGGUGACAUUGACGGCCCCGAAGUGACAGAAGGAGAACAAAGCCAGGACUGGCUUAGUGCUGAUCCAAAGGAAAUGAAAGAGCUAUUGGACAAACUUACACAAGAAAACCAACAAAUUGCUCAGCUUGAGGCUCAACUAAAGGCUCAGAGAGAAGAGUUGGAUGCGGCGUUGAAGGCAGUAGCGGUCAGCGGUGAUGAACAGAGGAGGGCAGAUUUGGAAACUGAAAAUGCAAAGCUGAAGGACGAGCUUCUGGUGCUGCCUGACCUCAGAACAGAGCUGGAGAGUUUGAGAGCCAGAGUGACCGAGCUCAGUGCUCUCUCAGCUCCUCAGACAGUAGCCCCAGCCCCCUCCCUACCUGCCCCUGAGCCUGAGGAUGUAAAGUCCCCUGCUCCUGAGAGGAAGAGCCCCCCAAAUGAAGCCCACGUCAAACAGGAACUUCAAAGACAAAAGAAACUUCUGGAGGAAAGCAGGAAGAGACUGGAGACAAUGAAAAAUAAAGAUGUCAGCGACCGCAAACAUGUCAGAGAUCAUUUGGCUGAAAUUCAAAAGAGGCUCUCAGAAAAGGUUGAGAAGUGGGGCAAGAAGAAGCCAGAGGAGUUGAAGUGGAAAGGAAAUAAAGAUAAAAAACAGUGGAAAAAAGAGGAGAAGAAAGAGUGGAAAGGAGAAAAGGACAAGAAAGAGAAGUACAAAAAUGAUGAGAAAGAGGUCAAAUCAAAAUAUAACUCCCAUAAAGAGGCUUGGAGGAAGAACCAGGAUGAGUGGGAGAGGAAAAAGGGGGAACGGAAAUUGGACAGAGAGGAGAGAAGGAAGGAGAAACCAUGGCAUAACAAACCCAAUAAGAAAAGCCAAGAUGGCUCCCAUCAUAGCCAUAAACACAAGCCAAUCCAGCAGGAUUUUUGGAAGGACCAAGAGCAGAAACUCAACCGAAAUAUCCGCCCACAGCUCGGGUGCAAAAAUGUGGAGGACUGUGCGGCCAAAGAGGGGCUGUAUCCGGUCGAGUUGUCCGAAUUUGAUGAGCUUCUAGAGGGAUACUUGAGCAAACUCGAUGACCUCUCCUCUUCCAGUGGCAAAGACAAAAUUCGUACACUGACCGCUCAGUUUUUCGAGAACGGAGUGUUUAUUCAUGAUCGGAUGCGCUUCAGUGACUUUGCAGAGGAAGUGGCAGACAUUUUGGAAGAUGCUGUUGAUAUUUUAGAGGGGCACAAAGACAACAAUUCACUGGAGGAGGAGAUGGAGGAGUUUGAACGAGAAGCGCUCUGGAAGUUUGCAGCCACAGCCUAAAAACUGGACAAAGAAAUGUAACACUAACAUAUUCAAAUCAACUGUGGGCUGAUUCCAAGGACACGAUUGCCUACCCUCUGCUUUUCAGAGUUGUAAUUAUUUGAAAAAAGAGAUAAAUGUCUGUUAUAAAAAAAAAUAAUAAUAAUAAGCUAGACUUGUGCUUGUCUUUUUGGACUUAGUUGUUGUUACCUACCUCCAUCAGGUCACUCAUAUGUGUUGUGUAGAUUUUCCUCUGCUUCAGGCUAUGGUGUUUUCUCAAUAACAAGUGCAUGUCCCAGUUAAUAGGAUAACUAAAUACACCCAGAUUUGUUUUUAAUAAGAAUUUGAAAUAUGUAUUCCUUUAUUUUAUUUAAAACGUUUAAUUACAAGAAAAUCAUAUUUAAUUUUGCUGUGUCUGUCACAGUUCCUCUCUGAUUUGCAUGGGCGUUGUGUGAAGCAGGUUUGAACAAAUACUAGUCGUGGCAGGUGUAAGUGCUUUCCCUGCAGCGAACGGGUGGCUUAUCUACAGGACGUGGUGAAGAGACCAUUUCAGGUUUGAUGAAUUCUGGGUGUUUGGGGUGAGCUGCCACUGUUAAAAAGCCUGGAGUGCUUGGUUUUUACACCUCAUCGUCUGUACUUGUCCAUGUGCUCGAGCAGUAACCGUUAGAGGAGUUAUGAAACGCUACAGGACAUAGCAACAGCCUGAACUCCCUCAGUUUGAAUCACUUUGAUUAUAUUUUUACCUACACCUUUGACUUAUUUUCUGAAGCUUGUUUUGUUGUUAAUGUCGCCGUGGAGAUCUGCAGCACAUCAUGUACAUUUACUGGGUAUCCCAGAGCUUCAAGUGAAAUACUAAAGAGUCUAUGAGACAGAUUCCUUCGAUGGAUUUUAAAUUCACCUUUAUGGGAUUGGCAACAGUGUUUUAUCAUUUUUGUAUGCUGUGCACAUUGUUGAUUUAUUAGUAUUAGUUGUUAUAAUGUUGAUGAAGGAUCCUAAGUUUGAUUUAUGUUUUCACGUGUUCUUAAUGUUGCCAUGGUCUUGUUUAGAGAUAGAGAGAGUUUUAGUUUGCGGUUGAAGCUUGAAAUUGUUCAUUACAAGUUUAUGUUUAUUUAUUCUUAUGUUGAAUUCUGAACCACAUAGUUAUAGACUCCAUACACAUUGAAUGUGAAUAUGGUUUAUAUACAGUUUGCCAGCUCAUGCUUAUGUGCCUUUAAAAUGGCUCUAUUAUAUCAAUGGGAAAUCUUGAGUUUCAAAUAUCAGUAAUGUGCAUUUCACAUGAAAUGGUACUGCUGUUUGGCAGAGUGAAUGUCAGGUUUACACUUUAGGUGUCAAACUUUUAUGUGUUAAAAAUGUCUUCUCUGCUGUGUACUAGAAUGUUUUUGAUUCAAAUUAUUUUAGACAAUUUAGACCAAAGGAAUUGGAAGAGAAUGCCAAAAUAUCAUUUUGUUUUUGUUGGACAACACCAGGGCUAAAACAUGAAGCUUUGAUUAUUUAUGCACCCUGUGAAAAGUGCAUGUAUUUGACCCCUGAACAUGUUUAUAGUAGUCUUUUCUUUCACCUGUAAUGUCCUCUUUUAGUCAGUGUUAUGUUCAAUAAACUUUUUCACCAAUAAAA